AUGACUAUACCAUUGGUACCUGCUAUAAUACAUGAUCCAUUUUUAAAAUAUAGACCAUUUCCAGCAAAUCCAACAACUUUAUUUCAAGCACAUUGGCAUGAAAUUAUAGCUUCAUUUAUAUUUUAUAUUAUAAUUCAACAAAUUUCAGCACCUAUAUGUUCAAAAUUAUUUGGAAAGAACUAUGAUAAUCUUAAAAAAUCAACCAAGAUUAAUUUUGAUGUUCAUUUUACUUCUAUGAUUCAAUGUAUAAUAAGUAUUUUGUUAUUUAUACCACAUUUAAAUAAUCCGCAUUUUCAAAAUAGAUCAUUAGAUCCAGUGGGUUCAUUAUUUGGUGUUACUCCAUUUGGAUCAUUAUGUUGUUCUUUAACAAUUGGUUAUUUUCUAUGGGAUAUUUUAGUUUGCAUUCAACAUUUCAAAUUAUUUGGUAUUGGAUUUUUAUUUCAUGGAAUUGCAGCAAUGUUUGCAUUUGGUAAUGGUAUAUUUGUACCAUAUUGUCAACCAUGGGCAGGAGCAUUUUUAACAUUUGAAUUAAGCACCCCAUUUGUUAAUUUAAAUUGGUUUGCAUCUCAUUUACCAACAGGUACAUUUAGUGAUAAAUUUAUAAUUAUAAAUGGAUUAUUAUUAAUGAUUACAUUUUUUUCAGUUAGAAUAGUAUGGGGAUUCUAUGCUGUAUAUCAAUUAUAUAAAGAUAUACAAUUUACUUUAAAUAUGAUUAAUAAUUUUAUACCUUAUAGUAUAUUAAUAUUAAAUUUAGGAUUAGAUUGUUUAAAUGUAUUUUGGUUUUAUAAAAUGGUGAUGAUUGCAAAAAAGAAAGCAACUGGAUCAUCAUCAACUAGAAAAGCAGCAAAAGAAGCUGAUAAAAUUGAGUAA